AUGGCCGUGGGUAUCCAAACGCUGUCAAGCGGAACCAAACAAGUGCCGUACAUGGCCAUGACGGACGCGGCAAUGGCGUGCGCGGCGCCCAUCGUCGCGAGCGACUUUGACAAGUGCCGCAUGCCGGGCGGCGUCGACCUGUGGGAGCGGCAAGGCUUCUACUCACCGGGAGUGUGCUUCGCCGGCUACAACCCGCUAUGCCCGCAGACGAGGCCGCCCCAGGAGGAGUGGCCGCUGCGAGUCGGAGAGACGGCCGUUCGGUGCGUCCCUGAAGGGUACAAGUGCAACCGCGAGGACAAGGACCAGCGGUUCGCGACCCUGGAGUCUAGCGGGACAGUCAUCUCUGCGCCUGCCUUUGAGGUUCGCUGGCGAAGCGAGGACCUCAAGGGCAUGGGACAGAGCCAGCCACUACCAGGCGGAACGACUGGGCCGGUGCUGGCGACAAAGGGGGGGGUACCGACAGCGACCGUAACGCUAUCGAACACGACAGACGGCUCGACUGCAGGUUCUGGAGCAACCGCAACAACUUCUCGCACGGAGAGCGACACGGGGAGCGCAGGCAUCGAGGCCGGGGUCGUCGCAGGCAUCGCGGUCGGCUGCGCGCUAGCUGCCUUCGUUCUGGCGCUAGCCAUUGUCUUCCUCUUUAGAUAUCGCCGGCAGAAACAAAAAGAAGGGGCUAAUGCCGCCAGCAAUGCGGACGAUCGGGAGCCGGGACUGAUACCACCGGCGCCAGGCGGGGUCGCUGAGGUGGACGGAGCAACUGCGAUUGCCGAGGCGGAUGGGACGCCGACGGGCCGCCAGGAAUCGGUGAUUCCACGCUCGAACUCGGGGCACGGCGUGGGAUAUCAGGGCCAGCGGGACGACAACCAGGAUCACAGCGGUCCAGUGGAGCUAGAGUUGCGACAGGACCUGGCAACGGAACUACCGGUCUCAUCGCGAGACGGCGUCGGCGGGCUGCCGACAAGUCCUGCUAGUAGAAGCGGAUGUGGAAGUGGGAGUGUGAGCGCGGGUGCGAGUGUGAGUCCUGCCCUUAGCUGGCGACAUCGUCCCGUCGAAGUGGCCUCAGCCAGCGAGGUGUUUGAGCUGCCGGGGUGA